CUCCUGCCUCAGAGCCGCUUCCCGCCUCUGGAGCCGGCAGCCCCGCCCUUGGCCCCCGGGCCCUCCCCUGUCCUGUACCUCAGCGAAGAGAGGGCAGGGCCCAGCGGAGGCCUUGCUGCCGGCCAGACCCAAGUCACCACAGUGACAGUAGCCAAUGUUGGUGCCUCCGCAGACAAUGUUUUCACUACAUCUGUGGCAAACGCAGCUUCAAUUUCAGGACAUGUGCUGUCUGGGAGGACAGCCCUCCAAAUUGGGGACAGCUUGAAUACUGAAAAAGCCACUCUCAUAGUGGUUCACACAGACGGCAGCAUUGUGGAAACCACAGGGCUGAAGGGGCCAUCAGCACCUCUCACACCAGGACUGCAAUCUCCUCCUGCCCCUUUAACAACUGUCCGAGAAAAAACUGGAACAAAGUAUAACUGGGACCCGUCUGUGUAUGAGAACGAACUGCCGGUGAGGUGCCGGAAUAUCAGCGGCAUUCUGUAUAAAAACAGGCUUGGCUCAGGAGGCCGUGGUAGGUGCAUUAAGCAAGGGGACAACUGGUACAGCCCCACUGAAUUUGAAGCUAUGGCGGGACGAGCCAGCAGCAAAGACUGGAAGAGGAGCAUCCGCUAUGCUGGGAGGCCGCUGCAGUGCCUUAUUCACGAUGGGAUUUUAAAUCCUCAUGCUGCCUCAUGCACCUGUGCUGCUUGCUGUGACGACAUGACUCUGAGUGGUCCUGUACGACUCUUUGUGCCAUAUAAAAGACGGAAAAAAGAAAAUGAAAUGCCUGCAACUCCAGUGAAGAAGGAUUGCCCCAAAAACAUCACUCUGCUUCCUGCCACAGCUGCUGCUACGUUCACCGUGACUCCUUCUGGACAGAUAACUACCUCUGGUGCUCUGACAUUUGCCCGUGCAUCGACGGUGGAAGCCACAGCGAUUAUCUCGGAAAGUCCGUCCCAGGGUGAUGUUUUCACUGGAGCCACUGUUCAAGACACCAACGUCCAGCAGCCGUGCAGGGUCAGUCACCCAGAACCUCACUAUCCAAGUUACCAGGACAGCUGUCAGAUUUCACCUUUUCCUGAAGCUGCGCUGCCAACAUCUCAUCCCAAAAUAGUGUUAACCUCACUCCCUGCCCUGGCGGUGCCCCCCCCGACCCCCACCAAAGCCAUAUCCCCUUCGGUGGUGAACGGGCUGGAAGUGACGGAGCAGCGGAGCUGGCUGUACCUGGAAGAGAUGGUCAAUUCCCUGCUCCACACCGCCCAGCAGCUGAAGACUCUCAUUGAACAGGCCAAACAGGCCAGCUCCUCCUUCCGCGAGGCUGCUGUCACCCAAGCAAAAAUUCAAGCUGAUGUGGAGAGGAAAGAGCAGUCCUGCGUCAACUGCGGCCGAGAGGCAACGAACGAGUGCACAGGAUGCCACAAAGUCAACUACUGCUCCACUUUCUGCCAGCGGAAGGACUGGAAGGACCACCAGCACAUCUGCGGCCAGUCGGCCACGGUGACGGUACAAGCUGACGAGGUGCACGUCACGGACAGCGUAAUGGAGAAAGUCACCGUCUGAGCAGACCUACCUCUUGAACUGCUCACGAGCAACAUGGUGCAGCCGGCUGGACCGGCACCCCAAUGUGAACGGUCUG